UUAGGUUCACUGCUAAUGGCGGUGAAGUGUCUUUUUACCUGCGCUUUUUAACACUGAACAUUAUGGAUAAUUAUCAUAUUUUUAGCUUAAGAAACAAUGCAAACCUUCUUGUUUCUUAUACUAGCAGUUGUUCUGCCUUUGACGAAAACCAAUACCGAGAAAUGCCUCAAAGACGUACCAGAAAAUGUUGCUAAAAAGCAUUUCAAGCUUUCUGGCAAUACUGCGACACAGCUACUGCCGCUACUACUCCAUUACAAUCAUAAGCAUGUGUCUCAACAAAUAUCAACACAUAUACUAAAGAUUAUUGCUGAAGAAGUGUUGGGUUAUGAGGAAGUAGUUUUAGUUGAGAGCUAUGCAGAUUUUGGUGUUCAAGAUUCUCUGAGAAAGCUGUCUGGAUGUCCAAGAUGCUUUUCUUCUAUUAGAAAGAAUGUUCCAGAGGUUAUGGUAGACACUGAAGUCUGGGUCCCUACUAAUUUUCUGUACAAUGAAUGGAUUGAUAAGAAAUUUGUGUUAGAUGCUGGGGAGAUUACAGAAUAUGGAAGGUAUGGCUGGUACAUGCCCACACACUUUGUCCAAUCCCAAUGGGUAGAUAACAAGCUUAUUGCUGAUAGCUGGAUGUCAUUAAGAAUCGACAGUAUUGUAAAUCAAUUCAAACAAAACAGAACACAUUUGUGUAAUGCACAAAACUUGACAGAAGUAAUAAGAUAUUGUAAAGAGCAGCAGGACUGCAUUACCGACCUUAAUAGAGUAUGUAAUGGAUCAGCAUCAAUAGGUGGCUGUGCACUGAUGAUGGCAGAUUUUCCAGGACACAUGGAAUACUUUGCAGUCCAGCAACUUAAGAAUUUAAGAUUAAACAUCUCAUUAUUCUGGCUUGGAUCCAAACUGUCACAGGUCAUUGUUCAGAAUUUAAAUAGCUCUAUGCGCCCUUUUCUUCUGCUCAACUGGGAGCCAAAUACAAUAACAAGCAUUGGAAAGCUGACAAGAAUGUUCCUUCCUGAGUGCAGACCAGAUCAGUCUUUUAUAGACAAGAACAACACCAUUGAUUGUGACUACCCAUUUACCCACCUCAAAAAAUUUGCUUGGUAUGAAGUAAAAUCUGGUGCGCCAGAAUUUUAUCAUGUGUUAGAAAAAAUGUACCUCACGCAGAAACAGCUCAUUUUGUUACUCCAAAACCAUAAAGAUGCUGGUGGAACAAUGUCUAGCUAUGAAGCUGCAUGUUAUUGGCUGCAACAGACAAGGAAUGUUUGGUUGUCAUGGCUACCUAGUGGUCUGCAUACUGGUAAAGUCCCUGUGUAUAUUGGUGGGAUGUUUCCUAUGGAUGAGAAUGAGGAUGCUUUGUGGGUUAGACCAGGAAUCCUAGAGGGUGCUAUAAUGGGGCUCCAGAGAGUAAAUAAAGAUCAAAAUAUUCUACAAAACUACAGUCUUGCACUAAUUGUCAAGAACACUCAAUGUCAAACAUCUUUGGUUUUAAACAGCUACAUAGAUUUUGUAUCCGAGAACCAUAACUACACCUUGGCAGGAAUUCUGGGACCGGCUUGUUCUGUUCAGGCAGAAAUCAUCGCAGAGGUAUCAUCAUUUUACAACACAAUYGUCAUGGGGUACAGUCUAGAGGGAGUCAACUUAGCAAACAGGAAGAAGUAUCCCUUGUUUUUCAGAACGUCUCCUAGUUAUUUUGAAUUCAAGAAGGCAUAUGCAGCUCUGUUUGAUUCUCUUGACUGGAAGCAGUACGCAGCCUUGACGGACGUUAACUAUGCAUCAGCUACAGUUACUGCUAUUCACGAAUAUAUGACAGACAAAGGGAUUAAGCUUGUUUACUCAAGAUUUAUUGCCCUUCAAGAGAGUGCUGAUAUCAAGAAUUACUUGAAGUCCAUCCAGAAGAGCGGUGCUAGAAUCAUAUUUGGAAGUUUUUUUGAAGAUGUUGCACGGGAGGUGGUGUGCGAGGCAAUUAAUCAGGGAAUGAGACCCCAAGAUGGCUACGUCUGGUUUCUCCCCUCAUGGUUACACAGUGAAUGGUGGAUGAGAAAUAGUUCCAAAAGUAACCACCACCUAGGAGUAUAUGAUACUUCUUUGUUAUCCUGUACAAACAGCCAGAUGAAAGAGUUCAUCAGUGGAGGUUACUUCUCAUUGGCUAAUUCAUUCUUUGCCGGUGACAAUGAGAAAGUAGUAGGAGGUUAUACUGUUGAUGGCUGGAAGGAUGAGUAUGAGAAAAAAGUCCAACAGAAGGGCUAUCCUCCAUCUGAUUAUGCUAGCUUUGCAUAUGAUGCUGUCUGGGCCUAUGCUUAUGCAUUGAACAAACUCUUUAAAAGCUACCCAUCUUCGUUAGACACUAUAAGAACCAACAUUACAACCAACCGUCUCAAAAAGUUUUUACAAGAAUCAAACUUCAGUGGUGUAUCAGGUCAAGUUAUUUUUAAAGAGGGAGAUCGAUAUCUUCCCACCGUCAACAUCUUGCAGUAUUUUGGUGUAGGAAGGCCGGUGACUGUUGGUCAGUUUGUGCCAGUCAAACCUGGUGAGACCAAAUGUGCUUAUUAUGAAGGAUGCCUUGAACUGAAUGAAACUCUUAUCAAAUGGCCAGGAGGAUACAGGCCUACUGAUGGUAGACUGGGGAAACAAAGACAAGUGUGUGCUGUGGAAUCGUUUCGUAGAUUGACUGGUCUGUCUUGUGAUUGGUCCAUUGCUGUCAUCAACAUCAUUGCCAUCAGUUUAUUUCUACUUGUCGUUAUUACAUUCAUCUGGAUCUGCAUCAAACGAAGAUAUGAUAAGAAAUACAAAACAACCCAGAAACGAAUGGAAGAACUAGGACUGAUGUAUCAGUCUCCUAUCAUGCAGCUAGAUGACUGGGAGAUCCCCAGGAAGAAUGUGGUCCUUAAUCGUAAGUUAGGUGAAGGAGCCUUUGGAACUGUGUUCGGGGGAGAAGCAAAAGGAUUUGGAGAACAGAAUGAUUGGUUACCUGUUGCUGUGAAAACACUGAAACCAGGCUCAUCACCUGAAGAAAAGCUUGAGUUUCUCAGCGAAGCAGAGACAAUGAAAAUAUUUGAUCACAACAAUAUUGUCAAACUGCUAGGGGUAUGCACUAAAGGAGAACCAGCACUGGCUAUCAUGGAGUUAAUGAUACAUGGUGACCUGAAGAGCUUCUUACUUGCAAGAAGACAAUUUGUCAACCAGAAUUGCAAAGAGGCUGAUGAUGUAACCCCAUCCAAGUUGACCAGCAUGGCUUUAGAUAUAGUCACUGGAUUAGCUUAUCUGUCGGAAUUGAAAUACGUUCACAGGGACCUUGCAUUACGUAACUGCAUGGUAGGAUCUGGUCACGUGGUUAAAUUAGGUGACUUUGGCAUGACAAGAGCCAUGUUUGAUUCUGAUUACUACAGAUUUGGACGUAAAGGUAUGCUUCCGGUGCGCUGGAUGGCGCCAGAAUCCCUUUCAGACGGGGUUUUUACUACCAAGUCAGACGUUUGGGGCCUGGGCGUCACCAUGUGGGAGCUUUGCACCAUGGGUAGUUUCCCGUACCAAGGACUGUCCAAUUCCGAUGUUGUUUUAUAUGUUAAAGAAGAGAAUAUUAUGGAAAUGCCUAAAGGCUGCACGACUCAGUUAACUGAAUUGCUAAGGUCUUGCUGGAAAACAGACCCGAACCAGCGUCCUGAGCCAAUCACUAUCAUCGAGCAUUUGAGCAAUCAUAAUGAGAUGAUAAAACCAUGCCUAGACGCUCCCAUUGCUAGUAUCACUACAGACCUCGAUCUCCUUGACACUGACAGUGUUAGCGAAAGACCCUCGAGCCCCCGACUCAGUACGCGGAAGAUAUCCCGGGCUUUGAAGCAAUCCUCGUGGUCCCCGAAACCUGGGUCGUCUCAGAGGGUCAUGCCUGGCGUACAAAUGACGGAGGAACAGUUUCGGACGAUUCUGAAGUGUGAAUCAGCCCCUGGAACUCCUGUCUCGGAAAGAAAAACGCCGGAACCCUCACGAGAUCGAAGGGAGCAGUUUGUAUAAAAGGUGAUAGAGUAGAAUAGAGUUUAUAUCUCUGGGAAAACAUAAGAAAUUUGUACAUACAAAAGCAUUUGCGCGCGCACUUUCCCCCCCUAUCUUUUCUGAUAACUAACAUACAGUGGUAACCGUAUUUUAAUUUUAUCCGUAACUAAGCAUUGUGAUUGGUUGGAAGAAAUAAAAUUAAUACAUUGCUGUGCGCGCCGCGCCGUGCCGUGCCUGCUCAAAUUUUAAGAAUUUAUAUAUAUAUUUUUUUCAUCAAAUCAUUUAUUAUUAUGUUGUCAUGUAUCCGCAUAUUAUCGUAGUUUAUUAGCUUAUAUUUAUAUUUUUUAUGUUGGGUAUAAAAUCAUAUUAUGUUUUCCUCAGUCUCAUGGGAUCAGACAUACUGAGGUCCUUUACUUUUACUGAGCACAAAGAUUUUAUGAGCCAAAAACUUAAUUAUUUUGCCGAAUAUUUGGGCCUUGGGUAGAUGACUCGGUGUUUCCCCGCGUUCAGUCUGUUCUCAGUGAUCAUAGUCAAAAAUCUCCCGUCUAGACAUUCACCUUGGUUCAUUUGUAAAAUACUAACAAACGAAUAUUUAAUAUCCACGUCUUCAGAUUAGCAAUACAAAGUUUUCGUGAAUGCCAUCACCAAAGCAUUUUUCAUACAUGGUCUUGUUGAAAUAUGUGAUGUCAUAUAACAGACAAGGGUGGUAAACAUUUUUCACACCUGAGCUCGUUCUCUUGUUAAACUAGUUGACAUCAUAUGAUAAACAGGGAAAAGUGUGAUCUGUUUAUACAUACCAUGGCCUGGCAAACAUUUUCUACGCAUGCGCUAGUUUUUGUUAAAAUUUAUGACGUCAUAUGAUUGAGUGGGACGGGAUCGUCAUGACGACUAAAGAAUCAAUAUUGAAGUAUUUAAAUAUAUAUAUCUUAACCCUCUAGCUAUUAUUUUACAUAAAACAACAAACAAUAUCUCACAAAACGUAAACAUUUUAAUAAACAUAAUUUGUCUAUUGCGAAUAAAUCCAUCCAUCCUUGUAUAA